CUCCUUAUUGCUUUUCUUUUAAACUAGAUCCGAAUAUGUAUUCAUAAAAAGUCAUUUCUUUGCCCUGCAUAGUCAGAGUUUGUAUGUUCAAAAGGACAGCUCAGCAGAAAUAGAGGAAAGAAGACAGACAGGGGGAGGGACAGAUGAAGAGGUGAGAGGAGACCAAGAAGAAGGGAGGGAUGCAUAGAAUGGUCCGCAAUAGGUACGACAAACAGACGAGGUGAAGUAGAGCAACAACUUAUGGUUCUGAAGUCACCUAGAUAGGGCAAUAGAUUUAGUACUUUUUUCUUAUCUAUUUGUCUGUGCUUUCUUGUUCACACUAAUGAUGGAUGGAAAAUGAACUAGGAGUGUUUCGCUGGCAUUUGGGAUUCUGUUCAAAAAUUUCUCUUCUGUCCGAAUCGAAAUUCACAUGGGACCACCAACUGGAAAAACUAGAAAUGUAGACACUUUCCAGCAUUGGAAUCAGCAGCUGUUUUAUGGACACUCACUGUGAUGAUGACACAGAAUCACAUCCUUAAUAAGAGCUUCAGAUGCAAUCAGAAAUGGUGACAGACACUCCUACAGACCUGUCUGAAACAGGACAAGGAGAUGACACCCUUUUCCUCUUUUCAGAUAAUUCCUCUAAUGCUGCCUCCUGCAACAUUGAUGAGUCCUACAAGUACAUCUUCCUUCCUAUCUGUUACUCCUUCACAUUUGUCUUUAGCAUCAGCCUCAAUUCUGUGGUUCUCUAUCGCUCCUUUCGCCGUACCAAGCACUGGAAUGUGUCCCUAAUUUAUAUGGUAAACUUGGCUACUACUGACUUUAUGUAUGGCCUCUCUUUGCCAUUCCUAGUGGCCAGUUACAUCAUGCAUGACAACUGGGUCUUUGGAGAUUUCAUGUGUCGCUUGGUGCGCUUCCUGUUCUACUUCAACCUGUAUUGUAGCAUUUUUUUUCUCACCUGCAUCUCUGUGCAUCGCUACCUGGGCAUCUGUCAUCCCAUGAGGACCAUCACUCUAGAGACCAAACGGGCUGUAAAAGGCACUUGCAUUUUGGUAUGGCUUGCUGUCUUUGCGCUCACAUGCCCAAUUUUUCGAUUUGCACAAACAGAGCUUCUUCCCCGUCGAAAGGACGGUGGAGCAUUAGAGGUACAUGAAAUGAAUGGUGACACACACAAGUUCAAUACAAGUCCAAGUGCUGAGAUGUUCUCUAACUGCUGGGAUGAUGCUAUUGAUAAGGAGUUCCAGGACUAUGUUCCUUAUGGAAUAACCCUCCAUCUCUUAGGGUUCUUUGUGCCAUUUAGCAUUAUUGCCUGGUGCUACUCACGUGUAGUUAUGACUAUAUUUCGAACACUUAAUUCCCAACCUCCUGCUAAUGGACCAAGGACAAGGCAAGGAAGCAGGGCAGUGACAGGAGGAGAAGGCAUGUCCAUUAUUCUCGGGGCUCAUUCACCGUAUGUAAACAGGCGUCGCAAGUCCAUCAAAACCAUCAUAACCAUUACUCUCCUCUUUGCCCUUUGCUUCUUCCCCUUUCACGUUACCCGCACGAUUUUUUUGGUGCUGAAAGUGACCAGCAGGGUGCACUGCCAUACAAUGCGGAUGGUCUCCAUUUGUUACAAAAUUACUCGGCCACUAGCAUCCUUCAAUGCCUGGCUUAAUGCUUUGCUAUAUUUCCUCACCAAGGAAAAAAGUGGACCCUGUUGCAACAAACCACCACCUUCCCACCAUGGGCUCCUUUGGCCUUUACGGAUGCUGGGAAAAGGAGGGAAUGAGGAGGAGGAAGCUGAAGAGGGAGUGAACCAUAAAAACAAUGAACUCAAGGCAGAAAACAACAUAUUCACAGAGUUACCUUGAGACAAAAUAUAAGAAAUAUGUUGUAUUGUGUUUGAAAUGUUAAUAAAAUGAUAUGCCUGGAUGUACAGUCAUACGUACUGGGGAAAAUCUUAAAAUUGAUAUGUAUACAUUUAUUUCCUUAUGCAUUCAUAUAAAGAGGGGUGGGGUGUCAACCGGUAAUCUAAUAGUGAGAUUGUUAUCAGAUAGCAAUUAUAAAAUCUGAUUAGUGUGAUUCAGUAAUAUUAAAUAUGUUCUGUCUUUUGCCCUUUAUGCCAUAUUACUUGACAUGAUAUUACCGGCUGCUGGGACACAAAAUAUAACUACAUGAGGACAUGUUUACCUCAGUACUGGCCUUGGGUAUUUUGAUCAAUAACAGUGAGUUGUCAUGUAAAAGAUUCAAAUGUAAAUAAAUUAUAUUUCCAUGUACUUUUAAACUCACUAAAAGUUCCAUGUCUCUGCUGUUUCUCAGUAACCAGCUUCUUUGUGUAAUGGGACACAUUAAAAUGUACACUUCUUGUUCUUAGAAAUGGUCCGGAUAUGAAAAUACAGAAAAGGUUAGGUCAUUUCCAACCAAAUAUCCGUCAAAGUCCAUAUUAAACCUCACAUGUGAGAGGGACAGAGGUUAUUACUUAGCAGAGUUAAAUAUUUCCAUUUGUUUAAUGGUCAACUAACAUUUAGGGACAAGUUGUACCCAUAUUUAACUGUUAUAACUUUAAACACUUAAGAUUUAUAUUUAUAAAGCAGUUUGCUUGUGUCAGAAAUCAUUUUUCAUUCAUAUUCCAAUUUCUCUGUUUUCAAACUGUCUAGGGGAGCCUAAGUGGAUCUGAAAGGGUUAGAGUCCUACUCUAACACUUGUAGCCUAAUAAUGAGCUAAUAAGUCAAAGUGAGUGUAACAGAGCAAGGACAUUACUAAACUGUGCUGGACUCUGACCAUAUAGGUGCACAGCUGCAUCCCUGCUCUGAACACAUAGGUAGGGAACAUGGAAAACAGACAUGCAAUGCCUCCCACCAUCACUGUUCCCGGCUUAGUCACUUUAACACUGGCUCCAUAGUACUGGAGCAGAUGUGGAAUA